AUGUCCAGUUCCAAGGACAAAAGUCAAAAAUCAAGUACGAAAUCCGGUAGCGCUAAUUCCCAGUCUCACAAAAUUGGAAAAUUGCUGCACCGUUCUGCAUCCUCCUCGCAUUCCAAGAGUUCGGAAGAGAAGUGGUGUGAGUCCCUGUGGGUAAAAUAUGCAACUUUUAUGAAUUCUUCAGAUCAUAAUGCGAUUGAUUGA